GUUUCCCGGCUUCAGCCGAAACAUCAUUCAGUUAAGUGUCUGACGUGAAGAGACGAGGAACAAGUGGCUUUUAAAGUAUUUUACACUUCAGAGGCUUCAGUGGACUUUAUAGACAGGACUGAAGCAGAAAAGGAGAAAUCUCUCAGAUUCAGGACUUCAUUGGUGUCUGAUCACAUCACACAUCCUACAAGCGUCUUCAGUCAUACCUGCCCUACACACACACACACACACACACACACACACACAUGAUGGCUGCCCUGGACCUGCACUGUGGUGUUGAUCCCGGAGUGUGUGUGUGGAGCGGAGAGUGUGUAGACUCGCUCGACUCCUUCGACUCAGAGGUGCAGCUGUGGGAGGAGCAACUACAGGAAGUGCAGAGAAAGAUAGAAGAGUUAUAUAAGGUGGUAGAAGCACGCAGAGGAGCCACUGAGAUCAAUCCGAACUCCAACGCUCAGCUAGACAUCACCUUACUUCCUGUCAGCAACACCAGCAGUUACAAUAACAACGGUUGCCGUGGUGGAAAUGUAAACAACGUCCCAGUGCAACACAAGACUUUUAAACAACCGAGUAAUCACACCAGUGACCCGUUGAGUUAUGGUGUUAAUUAUCACAGCAGUGGCUUUGUGGGUCCUCAGAGUUACACGGUUAACGGUCAGGACGUGAUGUUGGACAUUCUGGACGGAUACCUCGGGAUGGACAGCAGACAGAAUCCACAUGGAGCUCCAAAUAUGAGCUCUAUCCAGACUCAGAGUGUUUACACUGAUCAGUGGCCUGUGACCAGCAGGACUGGCUGUGUGUCACUGGGUGAAUUUGAGGAUGUGGAGAACAGGAAGAAUAAAGUCUCGGUUUGGAACGAGCCACAUGUCCGACGUGUCAGCUGGAAAGACCAGAUCACUUCCCCAGAGAAAUCAGUCAGUAAACCACCAAUCAAACAGAGAGACAGUCCUCAUGUCCCUACUCGCUAUGUGAACUACUCUGACUCACCAAAGUGCCCCCUAGUGGACCGGAGGUGUGGCAGCCCAUCUGUCCUGCGGAAAUUUGGUGCCAUGUUGCAGGAAAAUGAAGGGAAAACACUGAUUGAGGAUGGAACUGUAACCACAUUGGUGCCCAAACUGGUGCCCAGGUCCCCAAAGCUGGGUGGAAGCCGAGGGUCCAGACAUGUGACCGUCAAGGACACUGAAGCACCUGUACCACUUCAGAACUGGGAACACAGAGGUGCAAAAGUAGGUGUGAAGACCUCCCAUUGGGGGACAGACACUUUACAGACUGACUUCAAGAUGACAGAGAGGAUUCUGGGUAAUUGCUCCACACCAUCACCAAGGAACACACCAUCACCACACCAGGCGAGCUGCGACUCCCCCACUACACCUCGGAGGAGUUUCUCUCGUCCGGCUCGUCCAGCCAAUCAGCGGCCUCCGUCCAGGUGGGCAAGCCAAGCCCCGCCUGCGACAAUAACCCCGUUUGUUAUUCCUAGAUCCCGCUCACUCAGUCCUGCCUGUAAAUCCAAGCAUCGCUUCAAUAACUACAGUUUGUACACAGAAACUGUGAUCAUGUGAGCAGGACGGACACAGUAAAAGUUUACCUUUCACCUUUUUUGACUGUUUUCAUCUUUUCUAUUUUUUUGUAGCUUUUCACACUAACGCAAAUUGUUGUAAAUAAAGACACCGUCUACCUACAAACCUGAAGUGAAGAACAAAGAGCUGUGAUCUUCUCAAAAGAUUGUACUGUAACAGUGCUGAUGUAAAUACAGGAGGUUCGGAGUCAAAUACACACUGAUGCUCUUCUGGGUCGAGAAAAACUUCUCUUUAUUUUUCUGUUGCUUCAUUCAUCAUUUCAUAUUUGAGGUUGUUUCGUUGGGGUCACGGUGGCUUAGUGGUUAGCACGUUCGCCUCACACCUCCAGGGUUGGGGGUUCGAUUCCCACCUCCACCUUGUGUGUGUGGAGUUUGCAUGUUCUCCCCGUGCCUCGGGGGUUUCCUCCGGGUACUCCGGUUUCCUCCCCCGGUCCAAAGACAUGCAUGGUAGGUUGAUUGGCAUCUCUGGAAAAUUGUCCGUAGUGUGUGAUUGCGUGAGUGAAUGAGAGUGUGUGUGUGUGUGUGCCCUGUGAUGGGUUGGCACUCCGUCCAUGGUGUAUCCUGCCUUGAUGCCCGAUGACGCCUGAGAUAGGCACAGGCUCCCCGUGACCCGAGGUAGUUCGGAUAAGCGGUAGAAGAUGAAUGAGAGUGAGGGUUGUUUCGCUUUUUGGAUUUUUCUUCUUUUUCCUCUCUUCUUUUCUUCUUGAAGCAUUUUCAUAACAUUUUCUGUAAUAUAAUCUGUACAAAUUCCCCUGAAGGACAGCAUUAAAAGGCGUUUUCAUAAUAAAUAAUAAUAAUAAUUCAGUUAUUCGGUGAAGAAUCUUCUGGAAUAAAUGGACGUGUUACUUUAGUGUAGAAAUGUUUUUAGGUAUCUCAUGUAGCUUUUCAUGUCCUCUUGAAGUAUCUGAAUUUAAAACACUGCAGUCUUUACAAACAAAAACUCUUCUUUUCUUUUCUGUGGCCUUUUACUUCACCUGUUACUUUACUGUUUAAUCCAUUUUUUAAUGCCAUUAAAGCUUUUAAUGAUCACG